GCAGCCGCAGCCGGCGGCCCGAUGGAGCAAGACUCCGAACCCGCGACCGUGGAGGUUCCCGCGGGGCGUGUGCUCAGCGCCUCGGAACUCCGGGCGGCUCGCUCGCGGUCCCAGAAGCUGCCCCAGCGGUCGCAUGGCCCCAAGGACUUCCUCCCGGACGGCUCGGAGGCCCAGGCCGAGCGGCUGCGCCUGUGUCGCCAGGAGCUGUGGCAGCUGCUGGCAGAGGAGCGCGUGGAACGCUUGGGCAGCUUGGUGGCCGCAGAGUGGAGACCCGAAGAGGGCUUCGUGGAGUUGAAGUCGCCAGCGGGGAAAUUCUGGCAGACCAUGGGCUACUCAGAGCAAGGGCGGCAGCGGCUUCACCCCGAAGAGGCCUUGUAUCUGCUGGAGUGUGGCUCUAUUCAGCUCUUCUACCAAGACCUACCACUGUCCAUCCAAGAGGCCUACCAGCUGCUGCUGACUGAGGACACCUUGAAUUUCCUACAAUAUCAGGUCUUCAGCCACCUGAAGAGACUAGGCUACGUGGUUCGCCGGUUCCAGCCGAGCUCUGUCGUGUCCCCUUAUGAGAGGCAGCUUAACUUGGAUGGCUAUGCCCAGUGCCUGGAGGACGGGACUGGCAAGAGGAAGAGGAGCUCCAGCUGUCGGUCUGUUAGUAAGAAGGCUAAGGCUCUACAGAACUCCCUGCCACCCAUGAGCGGGGCAGCCUCCAGCCCACCUGCCUGUGACCAGAGUAGCCAGUACUCAGAGAAGCCCCAGGAGUCAAGCCCCAGAAAGGCUCUGGGGUCUUCAGAGCCUUGCCCUGCUCUGGCCAGGGAGGAUGUGGAGUGUGGCCAGGAGAAUGAUAAAAUCAAGAAUGGAGCCAAGGGGGCUCCUAAACCACGCUGGAACUUUGAGCAGAUCUCCUUCCCCAACAUGGCUUCAGAUAGCCGCCACACCCUCCUGCCUGCCCCAGCCCCAGAACUGCUCCCCGCCAAUGUCAUUGGGCGAGGGACAGAUGCUGAGUCCUGGUGCCAAAAGCUGAACCAGCGGAAGGAGAAGCUUUCCCGGAGAGACCGGGACCAGCAAGCAGAGGUGCAGCAGUUCCGGGAGGAUGUGAAUGCAGAUCCCGAGGUGCAGGGCUGCUCCAGCUGGCGGGAGUACAAGGAACUGCUGCAGAGGCGACAGCUGCAGAAGAGCCAGCCCCGCCCUCCACACCUAUGGGGCCAGUCUGUUACUCCCUUGCUCAACCCUGAUAAAGCAUAUUCCCCAGCCGCGGUCCUUGAACAUGUCUCCGUGCUGCAGACAACACACCUUGCUGACGGAGGUUACCGGCUGCUGGAGAAGUCGAGAGGCUUGGAGAUCAGCUUCGAUGUUUACCAGGCUGACGCUGUGGCUACGUUCCGAAAAAACAACCCUGGCAAACCCUAUGUCCGAAUGUGCAUUAGUGGAUUUGAUGAGCCUGUCCCAGACCUCUGCAGCCUCAAGCGGUUGACCUACCAGAGUGGGGAUGUCCCCCUGAUCUUUGCCCUGGUGGAUCACGGUGACAUCUCCUUCUAUAGCUUCAGAGACUUCACACUGCCCAGGGAUCUGGAGCACUGAAAUGCAGCUGGGGGACUUGGAUGCUCUCAGGGACCAUGUCUGCUGACUCCUGUACAGGACUCACAGGGAACUGUCUGGGCCAGUGUGGUCUACAGCCCUGGGUAUCUGCUGUUUGUAGGGGAGUGAAGCCUUGCCCCAUGCCCUUUUGCCUGGCAGUGACCCCCUUGGAACUCAGGACUUGAUUUCAGAGGCCCAGGAGAUGGGGCAGAAGAGAGGACUCUGUGCCUUUUAAACAGUGGGGUGCCUGCUUCGUGCCAUAAAGCCAAAGCCAUUAAAAGAAAUAUUCUCUGCUGUGGUUGAUACACUUACUGGACUACCCCUUCC